CCCCCAUCAUUCAGGACUUCAACUUCAUUCAUCAUUUGAAUAAUAAAGUGAAUCAGUCUUUUCCUCCUCUUCUCCAUUUCUCUUGUAUUCUCUCCAGAUUCUUCUCCUAAUCUAGUCCAUACGCUAGUUAGUCAACCAACACACGCACACUGUCUCUCUCUCUCUCUCUCUCUUCUCUUCUAAAUUUCCUUUCUUUCUUUUCUAUUUUCCAAAUUUCCAAAUUCCAAAUCUAGGAAGAGAGAGCAGAAAAAAGAAAAGACUAAAUCUUGCGUUGAGUUGAGUUGAAGAUUUGAGAGUUCCAAUGGUGAGGCCGUCCGUCUCAGUAAUCAUAUACAUAGCAAUUGCAGUGCUUGUCCUCUUGCUCAUUUCCCACUCCCCCAAGAAACCCGGCAACCACCGCCACCGCCGCCUCAAGCUCCGCUCCAACUUCACCUUCUCUCCUCCCCUCCACCACCACAACCCCAUCCCCUUCGACCCUCUCGUUGCCGACAUUGAGCGCCGCCGCGAGGACCGAAAGUGGGAGCAGCAGCACUUCGAUCAUGCCUUCAACGCCUCCCACCACUCCGCCCCCGCCGCCGAAUCUCAGCCCGAGUGGGAAGACUUCAUGGACGCUGAGGAUUACUUGAACGACGACGAGAGGUUCAACGUCACCAGCAGGUUGCUCUUGUUGUUUCCUACGGUUGAUGUCGACCCGGCUGAUGGAUUCGUCACCGAGCACGAGUUGACUCAGUGGAACUUGAACCAGGCCCAGAGGGAAGUCUUGCAUCGGACUCAGAGGGAUAUGGAGCUUCACGACAAGAAUCGUGACGGCUUUGUUUCCUUUGCCGAGUAUCAGCCCCCGAGUUGGGCUCAGAAUGCAGAUAACAGUUCCUUUGGCUAUGAUAUGGGUUGGUGGAAAGAGGAACAUUUUAAUGCAUCAGAUGCAAAUGGAGAUGGUCUUCUUAAUAUAACCGAGUUCAAUGACUUUCUACACCCAGCUGACAGCAAAAACCCAAAGCUACUUAAGUGGUUGUGCAAGGAGGAAGUAAGGGAAAGGGACACCGACAAAGAUGAAAAGAUUAACUUCAAAGAAUUCUUCCAUGGCCUCUUUGAUUUGGUGAGGAACUAUGAUGAAGAAAAUCACAAUUCCACACAUCAGUCUGAUGAUUCGAUGGAGUCCCCAGCUAGAAAUUUGUUCGCUCAGCUUGACCAAGAUGGUGACGGUUAUUUGUCAGAUGAGGAGAUACUUCCUAUUAUUGGAAAGAUACAUCCAUCAGAACAUUACUAUGCAAAACAACAAGCAGAUUACAUUAUAUCACAGGCUGAUACGGAUAAAGACGGGCGACUAACGCUGGGAGAGAUGAUAGAGAACCCAUAUGUAUUUUACAGCGCUAUUUUCAAUGACGACGAGGAAGAGGACUAUGGGUACCAUGAUGAGUUCCGUUAAUCUCAUUACUGGUUCUCCUGUCUUAUUGUUUUAAUAACAUUAUAGUUGCCUGACGCGGAAGAGUU